AUGCGUAAGUGUAUAGUAUGUGGCAAUGUGUCUAAUAAUACCAAAGACAAUUAUCCAGUAGUUCUUUAUCAUGGAUUUCCCAAGAAUGAAUACAUGAAAAGGAAAUGGCUUAAAGUUUUUGGAAUUAAUCAUUGUCAUGAUGGGCAACGUAUAUGUAGUGAUCAUUUUUUAAAAGAAAACUAUAAAUCAGGAAGAAGGCGAUUUUUAUUAUAUAAUGCUAUUCCCCAACCUUAUAAUCGAAAUGGUUUUCCUUCUAAUUAUGCUACUCAAAGUAAUGAAGUUGAAACCGGAAAUAAUGUAAUUUUACCAAUGGAACAAAAUAUUGUAAGAGAGGAAUAUAUUGCAAAUGCUGCUGUAAAUAAUUUUAAAUCACGAGGACGGUCUUCUAGACUUACUAGAAACAAUGAGAAUAUGUCGGACCAUACUUUAGGAUCUGGAGUACGAUGUUCCGUUAAAAACUGUUUUAACAGGCAUUCAGUAAACCUUAGUCUAUUUGGCUAUCCCAAGAACUUCACGCUAAGAAAAAAGUGGAUAGAAAAAUGCGGACUAAAUAAACAACCCAAUGAAAUAAUAAAACAUGGUACAAGAGUUUGCAGUGUUCACUUUGAGUUGGGGUGUUUUAAGAAUGCAGCGUUGAAGAAUAGAUUAAAACCAGGCGCUGUUCCAUCAUUAUUUUUGGAUAAUAUGUCAAUUAAUGAGGUACCUGUAUUGAGUACAUAUGAAGAUCAAUUCAUAAGUCCAAUCAAUAAUGAAGCUGCUGAACAGUCGUUGGCAGAAAUACAAAAUAAUGUACAAGCACCUGAUGCUUUGCCAGUGUCAAUUAAUGAAGUGCCUAUAUUGAGUACAUGUGAAGAUCAAUUCAUAAGUCCAAUAGAAAAUGAAGCUGCUGAACAGUUGUCAGAAGAAAUUCAAAAUAAUUUUCUAGAUAAUACAGAUAAUACUUCCAUGAUAAUUGACCUUACAAUUGAUGAUUCAUCUAAUAGUUCGAGAAUUGAAGAUUUUACUAAGGAUAUACACGGGUUAAUUUUUGAAAUGUCUAAGGAAGUUGUACUUCCUAGUUUAUAUUGGAAGAGUGAACAUCUAAAUGCACAUAAUGCAACUCGAUUUAUUCAGCGAGACGCUAAUGAUGUAACUGUGAAGAAAGUUAUUUUUUAUAAUAACCUUGUGCCAACUAUACAAAUAUAUGGCAAGAAAUACGAACAUAAAAUGCCUAUUACAAAAAUGAAAGAGUUAGACGAUCUUUUAGAAAAAAUAGAUAGUAUUGAAAAAUGUUAUGGUAGGGGUGGAUUUGUAUUUGAACAAUGUAUAGGGUAUUUUGAAAAUAGUUUACAUAAUAUGUGUAAUGGCUGUCAAGAGUUGGUAAAAGAUCGAGAUUUGCAAAGAAUGCAAGCAAAAAUUGACGCUAAAAACAACGCUUUGGAAAGUUUUAAAAACAGAAUUGCUGAAAAGACAGCAGUUGUUGUAGAACUGAGAAGAAGAAUGGCGGAAAUGAAAAAUCUACAACGUACCCUCGCAUUAUAACUUUUUUAUUUUGAAUUCUGUGUAUG